AUGCGACGAGCGUCGUCUGCGACCGAUGCCAUGCAAACCUGCGAGCGGGAAUGGCAUCUGCUGCAGUCUUAUAUAUCAUACCAUGAUAUACGCGCACAGCAUGGAUUGGAUGAUAUAGCUGCUAGUAUGCGCCGCUUGUGUGAGACGAUUAUACAUGACGAGGCACAGGCGCCGUCCCAUGCAUUGGGAACAUGCUCCGCCUACCUUGUGGAGAACAACAUCCUCAAUGACCUUGUAAGUCUCUGUCUUCCUGAUGAACCUCUUGGUAUUCUUAAUGAAUUCUUACGUAUGUGCACGACUCUGGUCCUACAUAUUCAUGUGCCAUGGUUUCUUGCCAACGAAGGCGUUGCACAUGCAUUGCUACAGCUCUUACGAUCUUGUAAUAAGAAACAGCAAAAACCACCAGAUCUUGUCGAGCUUGUGUAUGCGUUGUGUGCUCGAAUACAUCAGCAGCCAGAUACUCUGCGCGUGCUUGUGCAGCUGGGGGCACAACUUCCGAAAGAAAGACCGGCCGAUCGGUUUCCGCUCAUGACGUGCAUUGUAAGGCAUAUCACAAUGAAUGGCCCCCCUGGCCGGCAUAUGCGCACAUCGCUUGUAUGGGUCAUGCAUGCGCUACUCACAUUGGGUACCAAUCACGGGGCUGCGUGGCCGGCCUUGUAUUUUGAUCAAGCCACUUGCUUUGAUUUGGCCAAAUCUCUCAAUGAGGUUGUGGCGCAUGCAUUCAAUCAUUUGCCACAACAUCUAGAUGCGUCAGGGCCAAGGUCACAAGAAACAUGGGUCUAUGACCGUUUCGAUAAAAAUGUCCAAUGGUACGCGUCGACAGUCGACAUUCCGUGUCUUGGAACCUUUAUUGACCUACUGUGGCUGAUACAAAAUUUAUGGCGGUUGGGACACGCGGCCAAAGAUGGUCUUAUCGGUGAUCAAGUCGAUCAGCUUUUGACCGAAAUGACCGAUCAGUUCAAGUUGCGCUUUGUCGAGGCAUGCCUAGAGCCUGCCAUACAUGCAUCCCUAGAAGAGGCACCGAAUGAAGUAUCACUGUAUGCCAUGUUAUGUUACUUGGAUGUACUUCUGAGUAUUAUGGAGCCAUGCACGCCUCUGUCACGAUGUAUUUCAUUAUACAGCAGAAGCAUGUUUGAUUUGGUAACCAAAGGACUACAGAGCCCACCGCCGACUGUUUUCUGUGCGUUGCAAAUGUCCAAAACCUUGUCUCGUUGGAUACUUUGGCACGAUACUACACUCGGCACAAGUAUGCGCACUCAUCACACCAGUAUGGCAUUCCCACUAAUCGCCAUGGCGGAGACGUGUCAAACGCCCAGGUUCCGAGCCGCAUUUUCGCACAGGUUCCUUCAGCAUCUCUUGACGGUGGAACAAGCGAUGCGUGACGAUCCAGUAUACCAUGACAUUCCGAGCCUAUUUCAUCAACAGCACCUGGUCUACAAACCAAUCGAUAUCAUACAACAAUCAGCCUUACCUUCCGAGCACUCUCUCAGGCCUCUUACAUACAAGCUGCGUCAUUUUUUCUCAUCUUCCUUUGAGGAAAAUUUGGCUGUAAUUGAGACAUUGGGUACGCUGUGUCGCUCACCACUGCUGCGUCUCAAGGGUCUGAUUGAGGGCGGGCACGAAGAGAUGGACGAAGAUACUCUACCUAUUAUCACGUUUCUACUGUACACGCUCUAUCUCCAGUCGCGCUCGUUGCGCAAACAAAUACCCGAGUUUGACUUGUACCUGGAACACCGCAAAAUUGAGUGUCUCGGUCAUCCUCUACAGGAGCCUUUGUAUGAUGAAGAUCACAGCGCAUGUCCGCUAUUCCAUACAAAAUCUCCAGAGCAAGGCAUCAUGAUACUCCAAAAUAUGUUUGAAAGUGGUCAAUGGAUACCCAACACCAAUCUUCGAACAGAAAAUCCAUCAUACAUCCUUGAUGGCGUCUCUAUGGAAAAGGCAUGGUCCACCAUGGUGCCAGUCUGUCCAUGCGAUGCACCUACCAGAGGGCCUUGGUCCGAUGAUACAAUCUAUGAACCUAUCGACGUAUCGCUGCUACAUGUGCUAGAUAACUCAAUUGUUCUCGAAGAGGCAUGUUUGGAAAUGGCAUGUAUCCUGCUUCUUCGUGAUGCAUGGGGUAUUCCAUCGUAG